CGCUUGCACGAACCUAUUACGUGGUUCGGUUCACUACUGGAGGAUCCCCUCCGAAGAUCGGUAUCAUAUAGAAAUAAGAUCGUGAACCAUGAAAAACGCUUCGGAGUCUUUCGAAUGGAAUAUUCGUUGAGUUGAAGUGACGGCAGGUAAGAGGGGGGACUCUUCUGCCUGUUAUUCUCCCUAGCCCUCUGGGAUCGUGAAAGGAGCAGAAAAUGCGGCAGUCAAUUAAUAUCGAACUCUCUGCACUGUAAGAUAGUACUUAACAGUUAAUGGGGAGCGCGUUCUCCGCCUGAGAAACUCGAGCCGGAGAGUAGGAAGAAGAAGGAGCGGAAUCAGCCGGCACUCUCUGCUGGUCCUCCGGUACGCGACCUCCACUCGCAGCUUCCAAGAGAGUCGUAUUAGUUGUCGAUCAGCCAAUGGGACGUAGGAAAGCAGCAGGAGAGCGGAAGAGUCGGCCGAUAGAAAUCGCGGAGAUUCAUCCUCAAAAAUGAUGUCUCUCUCGGCACUCUCGAAUGCUCUUAACGAAGACUCCAGUCCGGUUUUAUUGGAUUUCGUAUCGACCUACAGCUAGGACAUCGAGUAACGAAACUCUCACAACAGUGUCGUGCCACUUUGGAACGGUCGAGCAGAAAAGUACGAUUGAUGGUAAAUCAGGGCUAAUUUCAGUGGCGACCGGUGCGCGCGUCGGACUGCACUGCGUUUGUGGCCUGUGCACACAAGUGUAUACUGAGCACACAAGAGGGCAGUUCGAGUGUUUCGGUGAAAUGUGAAGAGUGCAGUGAAAGGUGAAGAGUGAAGAGUGAAGAGUGAAGAGUGAAGAGUGUGGCCCCAUAGAGGAUUUGGCAGUUCCGAAUAAUCACUUGGAUACUGGUUCCCAUGUCUCCUAGGAAUAUCGGCUGAUCUUAUUAUACGUUAGAGUUACUCUGCGUAAUUGGAUUGUCGCUGGCUAUUAUGACGGAAUACUUGGAUCCGCAUUUCGUCCGGGCUCUUUGCCGCGAUCCAGACAGGCGAACGUUGCAGGAUUUGCAGAUCAUAUACUACGGACUGCAUGGACUGGAAGCCCUGCGACCCUGCAGAGACUCCAUAUUACGGGGACUUUGUAAGAUCGUGCGGUACGAGAGACAUCAUGCCAACCAUGUGCUGUACUACACCGGCGAACUCGCAACCAGCUGGUACAUCUUGCUGUCUGGCUCCGUCUUCAUCGAUGGAUCCAUGUUCCUUCCUCGAUCAAGCUUUGGGAAGCGGACGGGCGGAAGUGCCAGGAGACCCAACGAAUGUUUCGUCCUCGAACCCUCCGAGAUGAUUGUCAUUGACUACCCGGAAAUACAUGCUGGAGGAAGGAUGCAUCGUCCUCCACAUCCUCAUCCCAUUACGGACCAUCGCCAGGUCAACCUGGUUUUCGACGACACGUUUUCACAAGGCCUGACGGGCAGGCCGGAGCUAUACCAGAAAUCUAACAGAAGUAGCCACUCGAGUGAUACAAGUUCUGCAUACAGUGGCUCAGACACCAUGACAUCGGUACAAAGCUCUCUGGACGCAGAUGCAGAUGAGGUUGAUCUUUCUGGCCUCGUUGAAUCUAUAGUAGACAGUGAUGAGGAGGAAGAUCUGGCGGAGAGCAUGGACAGUCUGACUGUUCGUGACACUGUACGAGAGUGUUUAGAAAAGGAUCCAGUCGAACGAACAGAAGAUGACAUAGAGAUUCUACUGGAGUUUACUCAGCAUCUAAAGGCCUUCACAAAUAUGACUCUGGCUGUGAGAAGAGCGCUGUGCGCGGUUAUGGUAUUUGCGGUCGUCGAACGUGCGGGCAUGGUUGUCCUAAACGAUGGUGAAGAAUUAGAUAGCUGGAGUGUACUGAUAAACGGUGCAGUCGAGGUAGAACACAGUAAUGGCGAGGUUGAGCAGCUUCACCUGGGUGACAGCUUCGGGAUCCUGCCUACUAUGGAAAGGUUACUGCAUCGCGGUAUUAUGAGAACAAAGUGCGACGAUUGCCAAUUUGUCUGCGUCACGCAAGCAGACUACUUCCGUAUUCAGCAUCAGGGUGAGGAGAACACUAGGAGGCAUGAGGAAAAUGGUAGAGUUAUUCUGGUGACUGAAUUGAGAGGCGCAUUGGAUGGUGCGGCCAGAAGAGGGCACGUAGUGAUCCGGGGUACUCCGGAGCGGUUGAUGCUUCAGCUUAUCGAAGAGAAUAGCAUCACGGAUCCUACAUACGUUGAGGACUUCCUCUUGACUCACAGAACCUUCAUAGACAGUCCGCUUUUAGUAGCAGAUCAACUUUUAGAAUGGUUUGAUCAGAUACAAGUCAGAGAUCGUGUCACGCGAGUUGUACUUCUCUGGGUGAAUAAUCAUUUCACGGAUUUUGAAACUGAUCCUGCCAUGAUGGAGUUUUUGGAGGCUUUCGAGGCUGGUCUGGAAAAAGAAAAGAUGCAGGGUCAACAAAGGUUACUGAACAUAGCGUGCGCGGCGAAGGCAAGAACGCGAAACGUUACCCUAGCGAGACCAAGUAGGGAUGAAGUGCUUCAUUUCAGUAUCCUUGGGGGUUACGAAAGAGGUUUUGGCAUUUUCAUUUCCAAGGUUGACAAGAGGUCAAAAGCUGAGGAUGUGGGAUUGAAAAGAGGCGAUCAAAUCCUCGAAGUGAAUGGACAGAGCUUCGAACAUGUCAGUCACGCGAGAGCUCUGGAAAUUCUUCGUGGCUCGACGCAUCUCAGCAUUACCGUGAAGUCUAAUUUGUUAGCCUUCAAGGAAAUGCUUCAGAUGCCAGAUAACUCACCAAGACCUCGAGGCAGAACGAACAAGCCGGAAAUGCCGAGGUUGCAGACUGACCCGCGGGCCAGACUUUCGACUCAUGUAGAUCCGAUCACUCCUGUUGUAAAUCCUCUAAAUCCUCUAGUUGGUGGUGUGCCGCUUCUGAUGCCAGAUAGCAACGUGUCUCCGUGUAAGGAUGCUAAGAAGGAACAUAAAGGAUUCAUGACCCUCGGUCCCAAGAGGAGACUUCAGAGGGCUCUCGUGAAGAUGAAUAUAUUGCCAAAGAACACAAUCAACGAUGGAGUGCACGUGGACGAUCCAUUGGCGCCACCACACACGCCACCGGGUACGGGUCUUGCGCAGACCACUACCAACCUCUAUCACUCGCGAAGUAAUCCUGACCUCACGUCUCUCUACUGUUACGACGAUCUUCGUGCACCCGAUUACCCGGAACACGUUCUAAAGGUCUAUAAGGCUGAUCAGACUUGCAAGUACCUGCUCGUUCACAAGGAAACAACAGCCCACGAGGUGGUCAUGUUAGCUCUUCAAGAGUUCGGUAUAACAGAAAGUAGUUCAAACUUCUCUCUGGCUGAAGUAAGCGUCGGAGAAGGAGGAAUGAUCAAGCAGCGUAGAUUGCCCGAUCAACUUCAGAAUCUCGCUGAGAGAAUCGGCCUCAGUUCGCGAUAUUAUUUGAAGACGAAUGGUGUCUCCGAAACGCUGGUAGCGGAUGAGCAAGCUCCAGAACUCGUACGCGAAUCCCAGGUGCAUUUCUUGCAACUGAAUGCCGUCGAAGUUGCGAUUCAGCUUACCCUGCAGGACUUUAGUAUAUUCAGACAAAUUGAGUCUACCGAAUACGUGGAUGAUUUAUUCGAGUUAAAGAGCAGGUAUGGUGUACCCAUGCUAAGUCAGUUCGCGGAGCUAGUCAACAGAGAAAUGUUCUGGGUGGUGACCGAAGUCUGUUCCGAGCACAAUCUCGUAAGGCGAAGCAAAAUCAUUAAGCAGUUCAUUAAAGUUGCUCGACAAUGCAAGGAAUGCAAAAACUUCAAUUCGAUGUUCGCUAUCGUGUCCGGCUUGGGACACGGGGCAGUAUCUAGAUUGAGAGCGUCCUGGGAGAAACUGCCGAGUAAAUAUCAAAGGCUAUUCAGUGAUCUGCAGGAACUUAUGGAUCCCAGUCGAAACAUGAGUAAAUAUCGCCAGUUGGUAGCAUCUGAACAAACCCAACCGCCAAUCAUUCCAUUCUAUCCGGUUGUUAAGAAGGAUCUGACUUUCAUUCAUUUGGGUAAUGACUCGAGGGUGGAGGGUCUAGUUAAUUUUGAGAAGCUCAGAAUGAUUGCCAAGGAAGUUCGAACACUUACUAACAUGUGUUCCUCUCCGUACGAUCUUCUGACGAUGCUCGAACGAGGUGGUCAGCCCCCCAGUUCAGCUAUGGUCGCCUUAAACCAAAUGACAACAGGAAAUCAAGGAGGACAAACAGCAACGGUGAAGAGACGCAAGAAGUCGACGGCCGCGCCGAACCCGAAAAAAAUGUUCGAGGAAGCUCAAAUGGUACGACGGGUAAAGGCGUACCUCGCGAACAUGAAGGUCAUCACGGAUGAGGAACGUCUGCACGCUCUCUCCGUGGAUUGCGAACCCCACGCAGGAGCCGUGGCCGUGGCUGCCGCAGUCCCACUUGGAGGAAGUCGAGGAAGAAGGCAUCCUUCACCCACGUUAUCGACGACAAGUAGCGCCAGUAGCACUAGUGAAGGUAGAAAGAGCAUACAAGGUACAAAAUUCGGAGCGGCGUCGCCGCAAGCCGUGAGAAAAAUGUUGGCACUUUCGGAUCCUCAAAAGACUCGUCCCUACCGACCGCCGCCACUGCCAGUGCCAGGUUUGGCCUUGCAUUCGACUGGUCUCGAACCGAGUCCUGGUGCACCAAGAAGAGUAGGCUCGGGAAGCCGAGUUCCAAUGCACGAGAGGUCACAUAGUGAUACGCCGUCCGGUCUUCCGCCACCCGUUGACCUGAGUGCCGAAAGCAGCAGCGUCACGAGUCUGAGUAACCUUCAGCCGCUCCGAAAGACCCUCACGAGUGGUUCGGUGACGAGCAGUGACAGCGGUCACAGCACACAGCUGGACAGCCAUAGCGGAAGCAGCGUCGAGGCCGGUGGGAGCCCACCACCGCCACCGAGAAGGCAUUCCGCCAUGCCAGAUAAAUGGAUUGGCAAAGCACUUCUUGGGUGGGAUUUCUGUCACGUGAACGUAUGUGGUGCAGGCUCUGCCAUGAGGGGAGGAGUUCCCCCAUUUCCUCACGCGGUAGCAGUGUUGCCUCCGCUUCCUGCCAACCACCACAACCACCACAACCAUCACAACCAGAACCACAACUAUCAUCACCAACACCAUCACCAUCACCAUUAUCACCACCAACCCCAAACUCCUCAAGGUUCAGCUGGCGUAGGCGUAGGCGGAAUGGGAGUCGGAUUGGGAAUGGGAAUGCUACCGCCAUUACCACCAGGAGGAACGACGACUAUUAUGACUACGAUGACGACGAUGACUACGACGACGAUGACUCCGAUGACGGCGAUGCGGGCCGCCGGUGGUACCCAGUGCCGGCAACCGCCAGCCUACAAGGUCGCUGCGCACAUGGCCAGGUUGCACAGGCUAGGUCGGGCCCACAGUCACGAAGGCGUCACCUACCGGGCCGACCACGAGGAUGAUGACGAGGAUGCUCAAGUGUCUGCGGUGUAAAGUCGACGGGACAAGGAAGUCGAGCCAUCGUGCAUUCUCGCAGGCGCAUCCCGGGUCGUCCGUUUUCUUAGUGAAUUCCACCGUUUUUACUUUUUAAUUAAUUUAAAGAUGAAUAGAUCGGUCGAUAAUAACCACACGUGCUCUCUUUCAAGAGGAAACGUAACGAGUCAGAGUGGAAAAGCUCUCGGAAGGCGUCGCGACGCCACCCUAAUAAAUCCGGCAUCCAUAAAUCUCUCUAGAGUCACGAUGCAUUAGCUGUAGUGAUCGUAAUUAUCGACCGUGAAGUCGCGCACCAGUACAAGACUGUUACGAACCGGAAAUCGAGCGAAGGGAACCUACGAAACGUUUAGAUGUACCGGACGAAUGCCCUGGACGAAGAUUUGUGGCAAGAACGCUCGUCGGUACGUAACUUCGACGACCUGCAAAAGUCAGACCUGAAUAUUUUCUACGUAAAUUUUUAACGAUAAUUCAUAGUUUUCAGACUAUACGAAAUAGUUUAAGGGGAAAAAAAAGGAUGAAAUUAAAAUUACAUAACGGAGGAGUAUCGCGUCUCGGCGACUGUCCGGAGUCUCCUCGGAAUCGUUUGAUUCACUCUCGGAAGCACCUGGCCCCAGGGUAUUCGUCCGAUCGACUGUCGAAACAAAAAUAUAUAUUCAUAAUUCUCGAAGUCGCUUCGAAGGAGGGUCUAACGCAGUACUUUCAGUGCAAAGAAGAAUCACGAAGCGCGAGAGCCGAGGAGCAAGAGAGUGGAGAGACACGUGGACGAGGAGGACCAUCCCCUCUCCCUUGCUCUUUCGAUUCCUCUGCUUCCGCUUGAUAAACGACGGAGAUACAAUUCGAUCCGUGGUUUUAAGAAGUUAUAAUCUAUAAAUGUGUAAUAAAUCGAGCCCAAAGAUGUUA